AUGGAUUAGUAAAGAUUUUAGAUAUCUUAUCCCUAAUUGUAAAGUAUGUUUGACACAGGCAACUUGUAAUCUGGUCAAUCGAGUGAAAUAUUAGAUCAAAUAGGAAGGGGUGUUGAAUAAAUAUUCAGAAGUUUGGAAAGUGAUCCAAAAAGUGGAAUAUAAGAUGUGAGUGAUAGAGUAGAGCAAUUUGGAAGUAAUAAGUUGGAUCCACCUGCUUUAUCCCCCUUUUAUAUGUGUAUGUACAAAUAGAGCAAGGAUUUCUGUAUUCGAAUCUUAGCACUUGCAACAGUAAUAAUGUUUCUGAUGGCUUUAUUCUCUGAAGAACCAUUCGAAUAGAUAGUGUAAGCAUUUUCAAUUCUUAUUGCAAUUUGUGCAGUGGUGAUCAUAGGUGCAUUGACUGACUAUAGAAAGGAAAAAUAAUUUAGACAAUUGUAUUUGGAAUAGGAGGAACAAUAGAAGAAACUAUUUUAGGUGGUUCGAAAUGGAGUCAUCUAAUAAUUGAAUCAUCUUGACCUUGUUGUAGGAGAUAUCAUUACAAUUAAACCAGGGGAUAAUGUGACCAUAGAUGGGAUACUCAUUGAUGGAACUGAGACUGUAGAAGUGGAUGAAAGUAUGAUAACUGGUUUAACUGAUUCAUUAUCUAAACAACCGAUAUCAAGAGGCAAGAAUUGUUUUAUUAGAGGAGGUAGCAAUAUUUUUGAAGGAACCGCAAAAGUGAUAGUUUUGGCUGUGGGUAAAUUUACAUACUCUAACAGAAUGAAGAAUGAUAAUUAGAUUAAGGAAGAGGGGGAAGAGGAAUUGAUUCAUGAUGAACGAUCGCCAUUGGCAAAAGCAUUAGAAACAUUGGCUAAAUUCUUAGUCUUCAUUGGUUGCAUGAGUGCAUUGGCUAUGUUUAUUAUUUUAGAAUUGUAUAUGGUUAGAGAACUAUAAGAAUUACAAGAGAAAAUAUUCUCUUAGUUUACUUUAAAGAAGGUCCUAUCAGAUUUUAUUGAUGCUUUUCUUAUUAUAGUACUCUCUAUUCCAGAAGGAUUGCCAUUAAUUGUAACAUUAUCUUUGGCAUUUUCGAUUGCUAAAUUGAGAUAACAAGACAUUGUGAUUAGGAAUUUGCAUGUUUGUUAAGUGUUGGGAGGCAUUGAUACUAUUUGCUUUGAUAAAACUGGAACAUUAACCUAUAAUAAUCUCAAAGUUAGUAGUGUUCACAUUGCAAGUGAAGAAAGAUACCAUAAUUUGCAAUCUAAAGAUCCCAUUUUUAGAAUGUUAGCAGAGGCAGUAUUAUCUACAAAUUCAGCCUUUUUAUCAGAAGAAACUAUUAAUCAAAUUAAAUAGGGUGAGCAAGAAGAGGGCCAAUCAGAACAUAGUGGAAAAUCAAAUAAGAAAUCUUAAAAAUCAAAGAGUUCUUCUUCAAAAUCUGUUAAAUCCACAAGUGUGAAAGAGGGAACCAUAAAAAGUGAUUGGAGUGGUAAUAGAUUGGAUGUUGCUCUAAUUGAUUAUGUGGAAUUGAAAUUGAAAAGGGAAUUCGUUUAUGAAUAUUUAGAAGAUCUAAAGAAUUAAAUUAGAAAAACAAUUCCAAUUAAUAAUUAUGGAUUCCAUACUGAAGUUUUAUAGAUAAGAGGUGAUAAAUACAGGAUCAUUUUGAAAGGCAAAUCCAAAGAAAUUAUUGAAAAAUGUAGUUAACUCAAUAUCUCAAUUCCAGAUAAUAGGGAUUUCGAAUUAUAUGAACCAGGACGAUUUCUAUUGUAAGAUUGUUGCAAUCAAGUUAUGAACUAAGAGUUUUCAGAGUUAGAAAAGAAGGCUGUUUUAAAUUACAACUCUUAAUCACUAAAAACUAUAUCAUUUGCAUAUAGAGAUGUUUAAAUCAACAAUUUGAUUGAAUAAGAUUGGAACCAAUUAAUCACUUAGAAUAACUUUACUUAUAUUGGAACCAUAGCUAUGAGAGAUGACAUUAGACAGGAGGCUAAGAGAUUAGAUAGUGCUUUGAAAAUGGGUAGUAUGAGUGUGAUGAUAUUGACUGGGGACACUAGAGUAAAUGCAGUUAAUGUAGCCAAAUAAUUAGGGUGGGUAAGUAGUGAUUAAGCAGAUCUUGAAAUAUAAAGAAUAAGUGAACAUUUGCCAAAGUCUUCUCAAAUGGAAUAACCUAACAUCAUUGAACCUCCAUUCAUUAAUACUGAUGAAUAAUAAGCUAUCAAGAUUACAUCAGCAAUAAUGGAAUGUCCACAAGAUGAAAUUGCUCCACUCUUGAAUAAUAAAUUUGAUCAUUAAUAAAUUCCAUCUUCAGCAACAUUAAAAACUAUAUUGAUUUUGAAUUUCUAAGAAUAUGUCAUUAGAAUUAGAAAGAUUCUUAAUGAUUCCAAAAUUUAUUAUACUCAUUAAGAAGUUAAUGAAAAAAACAUUGUAUCCAAAAUUCCAGAGAUUUUAGAUGAUGCCAUUGCUAGCAAAGCAGUCUCAAAUAUGAAUAAAGUACUAUAAAUCUUAGCAGAUCUCAAUUAACAUUAAAAGCAUCAAUUUUUGGAGGUGUAUUCCAACAUCAAUGAAUCCACCAUUGGAUAUGUCGGAGAUGGAAAUAAUGAUGCUAUUGCUCUGUAAACUGCAGCUGUUGGUAUCACAUUAGGAAAGACUGCCACUAACAUAGCUAGAGAAUGUAGUGGAGUAAUCUUGAUGGAUGAUAAAUUAGAUGGCAUCGAACUAUGUAUGAAAUAUGGCAGAAACAUCUUCUUAAAUAUUAAAAGAUUUAUCUAUUUCCAAUUGAGUUUCUUUUUGAAUUCCAUUGCUAUCAUGCUAACUGCUUCUAUUGUUUUGAAAUAAUAGCCAUACACUGUCUUAGAAGUCAUCUGGUUGAGCUUAGUACAAGAUAUAUUUUCAGCCAUUGCCCUUAGUACUGAGAUUCCUUAGGAUGAUAUCUUAAAUAGAACUAAGCCUGCUAAAAGAGGAGAAAAUAUCAUCGACAAGUUUUUAUUAUAAAUGACUUGCACGUAAGCCACAUUCCAAUAUUUGGCCACUUUGAUUGUUCUCUUUUUGACACCAUUCAUUUUUGACAUUGAACCCUCUUACAAGCAUGAUUUGCAUGCUCUAGGAGCAGAGUUUGUAUCUGAAUGGGCUGUUCAUUAUACUCUUGUCUAUCAUUUAACUGCUAAUUUCUAGAUUGUCAAUUUAAUAUGCAGUCGUAGAAUUGGUUAACAUGAAUACAAUGUAUUUGAAGGUAUCCAAAAGAAUAAACCAUUUACUGUCAUGAUCAUUGGAUUGAUAAUAAUUCAAUAAGUUAUCAUAUAUGCUGGAGGCAAGUACUUUAAGACUGCUCCAUUAACCAUAUUGUAAAAUCUGUUUUGCUUAUUUUUAUCAUUCGGAGCCAUGAUUGUCUUUUGGUUGUCUAAAUAUUUCUAUUCAAUUUAAAAAAAAUGACAUAUCAAAAUAGAUAUAUAUGUAAAACAAAUACAAAUAUUAUUUUUAUCAA